AAAACUAGUAUCUAAAAUAGUUGUUUUGUGAAGCCAAUUCUCAGCUACUGUUUUUGUUGUUGCAGUGGUUGCGGUGGCUUGUUGUGUGUGUGAACCCCAUCCCUGGUUGGUUUCUCAGCAUUAACAUGCAUUUUGCAGAGAUACCCAUGUGGUCACAAUUGUCAUGCAUGAGCAGCAGCGAUGGCAGAGCGAGGUGAACUGCCAGGCAUAGUGCUUCGCCUCUCAGUGCUGCUGCUGCUUCUUGGUUUUGCUUCUGUGCAGCUACAAGGAUGGGCUUCUCGGAACUCUGUGGGUUAUGGUUCUUUACAGGCAAGGUUACAGAGAUUGGGAAGAAGUGCGAGGAGAGUGAAGCAUGUUUCGGUCGUUUAUGAAAAGGUUGAGGGUCAAGAAAUUCCGGGUCGGAUUCAGUGCAGAGAUGAUUCGUGGAGGAAUAGAAGCAUCCCAAAUAUGGAAACAAACAGGCUGGCGCGUGACAGACCAUGCAUGUUAUCUAAAGAGGAGACCGUCUCCUUUGUUACUCUUUUCGUGAUGCCGGAAGUUGAGACUGCCAGCGAUCGUUUCUCCGAAGCAGUUGAGAAGAAGUUUGAAGUGAGAAAGGUGAAGAAGAGCAGGCAGGAUGCAGUCCUCCGCGCUUUUUUGGAGUCCAUUCAGGUAUCUAUGCCAGGCACUACACGAGUGACGAUUAUUACGAACCAUAAUAAACUCAGAGGAGAACUACCGCAAGACAUUGAUUGGAAACCAACAUCAAGACACUUUAGUCGCCGAAACCUCAUGAUUCAGAGACUUCAGUCAUACAUUGAAUUGCUGGAUAGUAUGAUCGAGGAUCGGAAGAAUAACAGCUCCAGCCCAGUAUCGCAUGCAAUAUUCUCAGAUUUUGACAUGAUAGUGGUAGAUGACUUGGGGUGUGUGUUCAAAGAAUUCCCUCACUUUGACAUCGCCUUUACAUUCCGGAAUAACCAGAGGCAGCCAAUUAACUCUGGUGUUAUUAUGGUUCGGGGGACGUUUGGGAGCUUGUCAAGGGCAACACAACUGCUGAAAGAAGUUGUCAAAAUUUACCUGGCCAAGUUCAGACAUGCAUUCGGCGUGCUUGGAGAUCAAUUAGCACUUGCAGAUAUUGUAAAAGGUACAUUACAAGCGAGAGCAUUUCAAGAAGGCGUUCCUGUAGAGGCAACUGUGAUGACCACGAAAACAUUGUUUUUGCCUUGCGUCAUCUACAAUUGGACGCCUCCUGAAGGUGCUGGACAAUUUCAAGGAAUGCCGACUGAAGUCAAAGUUCUCCACUUCAAAGGUCGAAGAAAACGACUCAUGAUACAAGCAUGGUAUUUUUACAAGAAGCAGGGUGUUCUGGAUUUCUACAAAAUGAAAUGCCUCGUCCUGAAGAGCGGCCGUUCAAAAUAUGACUACUAAGGGUAGCCUCAUGCUUUUCUCCAAACAGCUGAAGAAAUUUAUGUUCUUGAACUUGUUUUCCAUCUGGCAGUCAAGUCAAGCAUGGAUACAUUUAAGGGGAAAGAAAACCGUCGCACUAUCAGAUCAGUGCCGUUGAAAUGGCACGAGAAAUGAAGGAAGAGUGCCUUUUUACUGGAGAAAUAAAUUUCAAGUAUUAUUGUGUCGAAGAAAUAGUGUUUGCCCACUAACCCAUGCCCGAUCACGUGUAGACUGAUAAAUACUGGUCAAACGAUUUUCUUCACUUUUCGACAAUCUAAAAUCAUGUUUCUUAUUGAAAAAUGAGAUGACGAUUGAAACUGGUUGCAUAUACAUGAUUUGAAAUGAAAAAGCCAAAACUGUCAGACGAGCUAUCAUGUGAAAUUGAUGUACUUGCGGUGAAAUUCGUCAUGUGAAAGAACAUCGACAUGGUGCAUUGUUUUUUACGUGUGACAAAUGAAAUGGAACCAUACAAUUUCCAAAAGAAAAAUAAUCGAAAUUAUUUAUUUCUGGGCUAAUUAUGCUUUAGAAACCUGUGUCCGGGAUGAAAAAGGUCAUUCCCCACCGUGUGUCCUGAAUACCGCAAGAUACUGAACUGAUCGUCAACUAGCCUGGUAGUCGUGGACAAAGUUGUAGGAACUGUAAGUGAGUCUAUCCGAAGAGACGUUUUUACAUCCCUCCACCUCAAUGAAAGAGUAUGAGCUGCACCGAAUGGGGUGUCGACUCAUGGCAACCUAGGCUACGGCUUCCUCCGGCUGGCGGUACUUGUACUCUCCCCUGUCACCUCCGAACUUCCAACCAUGGCCGAGCAGUGUUGCACGGUUCCGCUAACGGCCCAAGUGCUGCCGAAGUCCUUGUGUAGAGCUCAUGAGACAGGCAGGGGAUUGUAGAACUGAAGGAAAAGGGUGAGGAGGAGGAGGAGGUUAGCAGGGAGUGAGUGAUUGCACAAUGACGGGUGGUGAAGACGAAGGAAUAGAGAAAGAAGCUUGUGUGGGUAGCUUGUGUUUUGUGCAGCCCCAUCCCCUGUACUUGCCUCCUCCGUUCUAUGGAAAGCUUAUAGGCCAGGUGG